UCUUUCAACAGCAACAACAGUUAGUCAGACACCUCGGUACCUUGCCAGACAAAAUAGCUGAACCAAUAAAGCUCUUUAGACGCUUUAGUGCAUAUUAGCCACUGUGUUUUAAACCCACUUCUGUCGUCUAGUUAGUUAUCCGAUUUAAUUUCAUAUUUACGGUGUUAUUGUUAUUAGUCAUCUAGCGGUCUGGUUAAGUUAGCAUUAGCCUAGCUAGCUAACGUCCCCGACCAUGCGGUCACUAAGCUUCUCUCCUCCUGCUAUAGAAGAUGGGGUCUGCUGGAUGGAGGAAGAGGAGGAUAUCACAGUAAAACAAGAAGUAGAGAGUGAGGCUGUUACUGUGAAAGAAGAAAAAUACGCGUUCAGAGUGAAAGAGGAGGAGGAUGUUACAGUAAAAGGAGAGGAGGAUGCAGUUUAUGGAUUGAAAGAGGAGGAUGGAGAGAUGACUGUUAUAUCGAAAAAAGAGGAAGAAGAGGAGGAAACUGGAUAUCUGGGCCCGGUUUCCCAAACGCAUCUUAAGGCAUCCAAUGGUUCUAAUGAUGAAUUUAGCCAUAAGAUGGUUUUGAGAAACCGUUCCCUGAUUAACACUCGUGAGAGAUAUGACAAUCGUGGAUCCUCUGUGGAGCCUCAACAACAUCAUGAUGCUGAAGAGGCAGAGAAGAGUCCCUUCAGAUCAGAACAUAAGAAACACCAGCAGAGACCCACAGAGAAGAAAUCUAACUGCUGCUCUGACUGUGGGAAAAGAUUCAACUCUUCAGUAAAACUUCAAAUACACCAGAGAACACACAAAGGACAGAAAUCUUUUAGCUGUGAUCAAUGUGGGAAGAGUUUUACUACAUCUGGCUCUCUGACUUUACACCAGAGAACACACACAGGAGAGAAACCUUAUAGCUGUGAUCAAUGUGGGAAGAGUUUUACUACAUCUGGCUCUCUGACUUUACACCAGAGAACACACACAGGAGAGAAACCUUAUAGCUGUGCUCAAUGUGGGAAGGGUUUUACUACAUCUUGCCAGCUGACUAUACACCAGAGAAUACACACAGGAGAGAAACCUUAUAGCUGUGAUCAAUGUGGGAAGAGUUUUACCACAUCUGGUCAUCUGACUUUACACCGGAGAACACACACAGGAGAGAAACCUUAUAGCUGUGGGCAAUGUGGGAAGAGUUUUGGUCAAUCUAGCCAGCUGACAUUACACCAUAGAACACACACAGGAGAGAAACCUUUUAGCUGUGGACAGUGUGGGAAGAGUUUUGGUCAAUCUAUUAAUCUGAAAGUGCACCAGAGAAGACACACAGGAGAGAAACUCUACAGUUGUGAUCAAUGUGGGAAGAGUUUUGUUACAUCUGACCAGCUGACUUUACACCAGAGAAUACACACAGGAGAGAAACCUUAUAGCUGUGAUCAAUGUGGGAAGAGUUUUACUACAUCUGGCUCUCUGACUUUACACUGGAGAACACACACAGGAGAGAAACCUUAUAGCUGUGGGCAAUGUGGGAAGAGUUUUGGUCAAUCUAGCCAGCUAACAUUACACCAGAGAAUACACACAGGAGAGAAACCUUUUACCUGUGGUCAAUGUGGGAAGAGUUUUUGUCAAUCUAGCAAUCUGACAGUGCACCAGAGAAGACACACAGGAGAGAAAUCCUAUAGUUGUGAUCAUUGUGGGAAGAGUUUUGUCAAAUCUGACCAGCUGACAGUACACCAGAGAGUACACACAGGAGAGAAACCCUAUAGCUGUGAUCAAUGUGGGAAGAGUUUUACUACAUCUGGCUCUCUGACUGUACACCAGAGAACACACACAGGUGAGAAACCUUAUAGCUGUGAUCAAUGUGGGAAGAGUUUUGGUCAAUAUAGCCAGCUGACAUUACACCAGAGAACACACACAGGAGAUAAACCUUAUAGCUGUGGUCAAUGUGGAAAGAGUUUUGGUCAAUCUAGCAAUCUGACAGUGCACCAGAGAAGACACACAGGAGAGAAACAUUCUAGCUCUGAUCAAUGUGGGAAGACUUUUCCUACAUCUAGCCAACUGACUGUAUACCAGAGAACACACACAGGGCAAAAACCUUAUAGCUGUGAUCAAUGUGGGAAGAGAUACUCUGGUAAAAGAUCUCUGAUCAAACAUCAGAAAAUACAUGAAGGAGUUGUUUCAUGAUAUCGAUGAAAUAAUGUCACAAUGUAGAUUAUUUUAACAGUAGUAUUUUAAUGAAUGUCAACGUAGAACCCUAAAUGUUUGCCCCCUGUUCAAUUGAUUUUAGCCUAAUGGAAACAAUCCAGGCUCUGAAUUGAAAGAGUUACUAUUUAUGUGAUUGAACAAAAAGUGACUAACAAAAAAGAGUUUGUUACACUUACCACGUUGGUGACCCACUUCAAUCAAAAUGCAACACUUCAAAAUGAAUCACAAUGUAGCUAGCAGUUUACCACGUUGGUGAACCACUGGAAUCACAAUGUAGCUAGCGGUAUACCACGUUGGUGACCCACUGGAAUCGCAAUGAAUAACUCCAAAAUGUUUAGGUUUUCAAUAUAUCCCAAACUGUUUCUGCAUUGAUUUGGACACGUUAAACAGUGUUUUGACAUUGCUCUAUUCCCAUUUAGCAAAAUGUCAUUCAAACGACGUUGAAAAUAAGACUAUGCCCGACAUCCAAUAUAUGUUUGGUUGUAGUUGAAAGCAACUUAAUUUCAACGUACUUGCAGCCUAUACACCUAUAAUCAAUUUAAUAACAAUCUUACAUCACCCUAGAAUUUCUUGACAACAUUCAAGUGCUAAUUGUCUUUAUUCCACUACUGAAGAAGUAUGACUCAAAUCACCUCAUAUUUCAAACAUCCAGCCUGACAAUGGAUACAUGUUUUAUUAUUCCAUGCCUCACCAUUAAGUUCAUUAUUGCCAAUAAAUAUAAACAAAGGGGUGUGUACAUUUGGUUUUGAUAUUUCAUAUUUACAAUUAUGUAACAUUUAGUAAUCAUAGUUAUUCAUGCAACCAACUUAACAUUUUUGGGUACAAUUAUAUUGACAUUGUUACCCUGCUUUUAUAUCCAACAACAUACAGUGGGGCAAAAAUGUAUUUAGUCAGCCACCAAUUGUGCAAGUUCUCCCACUUAAAAAGAUGAGAGGCCUGUAAUUUUCAUCAUAGGUAGUACACUUCAACUAUGACAGACAAAAUGAGAAAAAAAUCCAGUUAAUCAUAUUGUAGGAUUUUUUAUGAAUUUAUUUGCAAAUUAUGGUGGAAAAUAAGUAUUUGGUCAAUAACAAAAGUUUCUCAAUACUUUGUUUUAUACCCUUUGUUGGCAAUGACAGAGGUCAAACGUUUUCUGUAAGUCAUCACAAGGUUAUCACACACUGUUGCUGGUAUUUUGGCCCAUUCCUCCAUGCAGAUCUCCUCUAGAGCAGUGAUGUUUUGGGGCUGUUGCUGGGCAACACGGACUUUCAACUCCCUCCAAAGAUUUUCUAUGGGGUUGAGAUCUGGAGACUGGCUAGGCCACUCCAGGACCUUGAAAUGCUUCUUACGAAGCCACUCCUUCGUUGCCCGGGCGGUGUGUUUGGGAUCAUUGUCAUGCUGAAAGACCCAGCCACGUUUCAUCUUCAAUGCCCUUGCUGAUGGAAGGAGGUUUUCACUCAAAAUCUCACGAUACAUGGCCCCAUUCAUUCUUUCCUUUACACGGAUCAGUCGUCCUGGUCCCUUUGCAGAAAAACAGCCCCAAAGCAUGAUGUUUCCACCCCCAUGCUUCACAGUAGGUAUGGUGUUCUUUGUCCUCCUAACACGACGAGAGACGAGUUGAGUUUUUACCAAAAAGUUAUAUUUUUGUUUCAUCUGACCAUAUGACAUUCUCCCAAUCUUCUCUGGAUCAUCCAAAUGCUCUCUAGCAAACUUCAGAUGGGCCUGGACAUGUACUGGCUUGGACAUGUACUCUGCAGGUCAUUCACUAGGUCCCCCCCCCCCCCCCCCCGUGUGGUUCUGGGAUUUUUGCUCACCGUUCUUGUGAUCAUUUUUACCCCACGGGGUGAGAUCUUGCGUGGAGCCCCAAAUCGAGGGAGAUUAUCAGUGGUCUUGUAUGUCUUCCAUUUCCUAAUAAUUGCUCCCAUAGUUGAUUUCUUCAAACCAAGCUGCUUACCUAUUGCAGAUUCAGUCUUCCCAGCCUGGUGCAGGUCUACAAUUUUGUUUCUGGUGUCCUUUGACAGCUCUUUGGUCUUGGCCAUAGUGGUGUUUGGAGUGUGACUGUUUGAGGUUGUGGACGGGUGUCUUUUAUACUGAUAACAAGUUCAAACAGGUGCCAUUAAUACAGGUAACGAGUGGAGGACAGAGGAGCCUCUUAAAGAAGUUACAGGUCUGUGAGAGCCAGAAAUCUUGUUUGUAGGUGACCAAAUACUUAUUUUCCACCAUAAUUUGCAAAUAAAUUAAUUAAAAAUCCUACAAUGUGAUUUUCUGGAUUUCUUUUCUUCUCAUUUUAGUUGAAGUGUACCUAUGAUGAAAAUUACAGGCCUCAUCUUUUUAAGUGGGAGAACUUGCACAAUUGGUGGCUGACUAAAUACUUUUUUUGCCCCACUGUACCUAUCGAGUGAACCCUGAAAAGAGAGAGAAGCUCCGCAGUGAGGUGAAAAGUUACUACGUAUUUCGCAGGUGUUUCCUCUUGAAAUCAGACGUGUGUGGUAAGGACAACUUGGUUGCUGAUUAUCUCAAGGUUGGUAGUCAAAAAGAUAUGUGUUUUGCAUUUAGCCAGUGUGUUACCAUGGAUCACAAUUUAUUUCGACUCGUUUUUCCGUGUUGGAGAUUAGUUUUAUCUCUUAUUCUUUUCUGUAUUUUUUGAAACUGCACUGUUGGUGAGGGGCUCGUAGCGUAAGCCGUCCAGUGUUGUAUACGGCGCAUGUGACUAAUAUGAUUUGAGUUUUGUUUUGUUUGGGCUAGAAGCUAGUGAGUUUUAGGAAGACGAGAGUUCUUGAAGCUAGUGAGUUUUAGGAUUCUAUGGAAAGAAAAAAAAAAAAAAUUAUAGAUUGUAUUCAGAAAUACGUGUUUCUAAUUGUUGACAUGUAUUGUAAAAAUGUAACCAAUUACAGAAUUAAAUGUAUGUGAAGACACCAUGUUUAUAUUGUAGAUGAUUAUGUGAAAUGGAAGUUGUAGAGAUACUCUGAAUGGUUGGCUAUGAAAAGCCAACUGACAUUUACUCCUGAGGUGCUGAUCUGUUACACCCUCGACAACCACUGUGUUUAUUAUUUGACCCUGCUGGUCAUCUAUGAACAUCUUGGCAAUGUUCUGUUAUAAUCCCCACCCCUCAGAGCCUCGUCUUUCUAGGGAGUUUUUCCCUAGCCACCGUGCUUCUACACCUGCAUUGCUUGCUGUUUGGGGUUUUAGGCUGGGUUUCUGUACAGCACUCUGUGACAUCAGGUGAUGUAAGAAGGGCUUUAUAAAUACAUUUGAUUGAUUGAUUGUACAACUGAAUGCAUUCAACUGAAAUGUGUAUUGGGUGCACAUAUUGGUAUCAGUAUGUGUUACACCUGUGCUGGCUUGUCCAUCUCGUUAGUGGGAAGGUGUUUCACUGAGCUGGUCCAGGUUCUAUUUAAGAGUGUCUAGCCCAGUGCUCCAGUUGUCUUGAUAGAUGUGGAGAGUCAACACCUUUUUGGUUUGCUUCCUGUCUUUAAGUUUGGUGUGGGUUUUUCUUUUGUUUGCCUCUUCUUGGGCAGAUUUAGUGGGUGUCUUUUAGGUCCCAGUUGUUGUUACUUGUCAACUUCCAGUGGACACCCCCAUAGUGUCAUUCAGAACCCCUCCUAAAACCCACCUGUUUAGUUGUGGUUGUUGUCAGUGACUCUUUGUUAGUUCCCUCUUCUAUUAAAGGGACAUUUUUGGUUUUCUUGCUGGGGAACGUAACAACAAACAAUGUAGUAAAACAAGCUUAUAUUUUCGGUUUUAGCAUCCAGUUCUUGUUAAUCAAAGGCAUUUCCUUGAAAUGUUCAUUAGUCUUUCAGUUGUUAUUCUUCUGUUUGCUGUGUAUGUUUUUUUUUUUUUUCUGUGAAUUGCAUUGUAUCCAUGUCUGAAAUGUGCUGUUUAAUUAAAGCUUGGUUUGAACAAAAUAAAUUACCAACCAAUCAACA